AGGUGAUCGACGUGAUUGGCUGACGUGUCGGAUGAUGUCGGAGCGUGCCAUCGGUCCAUCUGCCUUAGAGAGCGGCGGAGGAGACUCUCUCCGUGUGUCCGUCUGAGCUUCACACCGGGAGGCUGCAACCUGGUCGCCGCCGCAUUUACCACCCUACUCGUGCCGGCUCAAGCUCCCCUGUUGCACCAUGCUGACCGGUCUGUUCCGCAUGCACGGCCUCCUGGUGGCCUCCCACCCCUGGGAGGUGAUCGUUGGCACGGUCACCCUCACCAUCUGUAUGAUGUCCAUGAACAUGUUCACCGGCAACGACCAGAUCUGCGGCUGGAACUUCGACUGCCCAAAGACGGAGGAGCAAAUUCUGAGCAGUGACAUCAUCAUCCUGACCAUCACACGCUGCAUUGCCAUUGUCUACAUCUACUUCCAGUUCCAGAACUUGAGACAGCUGGGGUCCAAAUACAUUUUAGGCAUCGCUGGCCUUUUCACCAUAUUCUCCAGCUUCGUAUUCAGCACAGUGGUCAUUCACUUCCUUGAUAAAGAGCUCACGGGCCUCAACGAGGCGUUGCCGUUCUUCCUGCUGCUCAUCGACCUCUCCAAAGCGUGCGCCCUCGCCAAGUUCGCCUUGAGCUCCAGCUCUCAGGAUGAAGUGAGGGACAACAUUGCCCGUGGCAUGUCGGUCUUGGGACCCACCUUCACUCUGGACGCCCUGGUGGAGUGCUUAGUGAUCGGGGUGGGAACCAUGUCAGGUGUGCGGCAGUUGGAAAUCAUGUGCUGCUUUGGCUGCAUGUCUGUCUUGGCCAACUACUUUGUGUUCAUGACUUUCUUCCCAGCGUGCGUCUCACUGGUGCUGGAGUUGUCCCGCGAUAGUCAGGAGGGCCAUCCCAUCUGGCAGCUGAGCCACUUCUCCAGAGUCAUGGAGGAGGAGGAGGACAACAAACCCAACCCCGUGACCCAGAGAGUCAAGAUGAUCAUGUCUCUGGGCCUGGUGAUGGUUCACGCCCACAGCCGCUGGAUCGCCGAGCCCUUUUCCAUCAACACCACGCCGGGCGUCCCGCAGGUCGGCAUGGAGCUCGACCACCUCUCGCCACGGAGGAUCGAGCCGGAGAGAACGCUGUGGCACUUCUACCUCACCAGGAUGAUAACCAUGGACAUAGAGCAGGUGAUCUGUCUGGCUUUGGCCCUGCUGCUGGCUAUCAAGUACAUCUUCUUUGAGCAGUCCGAGAUGGAGUCCACGCUGUCACUGAAGAACCCCAUCACCAUGUCCGCCCCGGCCCUGACCCCCCGGCGGCCCACCGAGACCUGCUGCAGGAAGGAGCCGUGCCCUCCCCAACCCCUCGCCCCCGCCCAGAGCGUGACUGUCCCAGCGACUUUCAUCAAGGCCGAGAGAGAUGAGGUCAUCCGGCCCUUGUCCGCUCCGGCCGCCGAUCUCCGGCCGAAGAGCUUCUUCGUGGCAGGGGACGAAGAGGAGGGGCUCAAGUCCGAGACGGAUCAGCCGAGCCUCCCCCCUAAGCCCAGAGACCUGGUCGAGUGUGUGGCCGUCCUCAACGACCCUGAGCUGGGGGCUCGUUUCCUGAGCGAUGCGGAGGUGAUGCAGCUGGUCAACUCCAAGCACAUCCCCGCAUACAAACUGGAGGCCAUCAUGGAGAAACCAGAGAGAGGCGUGGCCAUACGCAGACAGAUGAUAUCUGACAAACUUCCCUCCCCUACUGCGCUGUCCACCCUGCCGUACACCGGCUACGACUACUCCAAGGUUAUGGGCACCUGUUGUGAGAAUGUGAUUGGCUACAUUCCCGUGCCAGUAGGCGUGGCCGGGCCGCUGCAUCUGGAUGGGAAGCAGUUCCAGGUUCCCAUGGCAACCACAGAGGGCUGCUUGGUUGCCAGCACCAACCGCGGAUGUCGAGCAAUCGCUCUGGGAGGCGGAGCCAACUGUCGCAUCCUGGCCGACAGCAUGACUCGAGGACCCGUAGUGAGACUGCCCUCUGCCUGCCAGGCUGCCGAGGUCAAGGGCUGGCUGGAGAGCACAGAUGGUUUUCAGGCCGUCAAAGAGGCCUUUGACAACACCAGCAGGUUUGCACGGCUCCAGAAGCUACUGGUUGGUCUGGCUGGGAGAAACCUCUACAUCCGCUUCCAUUCCAAGACUGGCGAUGCCAUGGGGAUGAAUAUGAUCUCUAAGGGUACGGAGCAGGCACUGAGCAGACUGCAGCAGCAAUUCCCAGAGCUGCAGGUGGUGGCGGUCAGUGGGAACUUCUGUACCGACAAGAAACCGGCCGCCAUCAACUGGAUCGAAGGCCGGGGCAAGUCUGCCGUCUGUGAGGCCACCAUCCCCGCUAAAGUGGUCAGAGAGGUUUUAAAGACGUCAACAGCAGCUCUGGUGGAGGUGAACAUCAGUAAGAACCUGGUGGGCUCGGCCAUGGCGGGCAGCAUCGGCGGAUUCAACGCACACGCAGCCAACCUGGUGGCCGCCAUCUACAUAGCCUGCGGACAGGAUCCGGCCCAGUCAGUGGGCAGCAGUAACUGCAUCACCCUGAUGGAGGCGUCCGGGCCAACGGGGGAAGACCUGUACAUCACCUGCACCAUGCCCUCCAUAGAGCUGGGCACCGUAGGAGGAGGCACCAGCCUGGCCCCCCAGCAAGCCUGCCUCCAGAUGCUGGGCGUGCAGGGAGCCUGUCUGGACUGUCCCGGGGACAACGCCCGGCAGCUGGCCAGAGUCGUGUGCGCCACCGUGCUGGCUGGAGAGCUCUCCCUGAUGGCUGCUCUGGCUGCCGGCCACCUGGUCAAGAGUCACAUGAUACACAACAGAUCCAAGGUGAACCUCCAGGAGACUCCAGGAACGUGCACCAGGAAGGCCUCCUGAGGGCCCGAGGGGAGCCUGGCCUUCUUCCGUGAACCCAGGUGACGGAGCAGUAUGGACAAUGUGAAAGGAACUAAUCAUUCAUCAAGACAGCAGACCUCAGGCGUCUUCCAUGUGCUUUCAAAGAUGCUGGAUAUGAAAAGAGUAUAUUAAUUUUCACGGGGCUCCAAGCAGAGCAGUUAAUUACUACUGUCUUCUUUUACUUCCACAUGCUGUCAGGUUUUCUUUUGGGGUGGGGGUGGAAUGGACAAUUUGGGUUAAAAUUAAAUAUUUCCGCUGCCCUGUUGCCAAAUGCAACAUUGCCAACACAGAUGCAAUCGAAUGCUGCCCACCACGGACUCUUCAUCAUUGCAUGUCUUCAUCGGGGGGUUGGAGAAGUGAACGAGGGUUCCUAGUUGUGAGUCCGAGGUUCAGCAACAGCGAGACGGGACAGAUUUGCCACGAAAGAGUUGACGGGAUGAAUAUAUGAAAAAAAGUGCUGAGUUCAUCUCCCGCACAGGGGAGGACAAAAUCAGGGCUUGUGUGUCCUUCAAAAACAAGGAGGGAGGAUGAAUAAAUAAUGCUUCAGGUGCUCGUACAACUAAGGGGACCAUGGGACAAAGUUUGUAGCCCGUUCAUGUUGGAUUAUACUGUAAAAUCAUCAUAAAGGAACAAAACCAGUGGCUCAACUGCAUUUCCAGAACCCCCAAAAAUGACUUUGAAGAACAGUGUUUAAGGUAUGUGCGCGCGCGCGUGUGCGAGCGUGUGCGCGCACGUACUGCAAUCCAUCACACUGACUGCUUUCAGUCUGUGCGGUGAUGCAAACAGUCCACAUUUAAAAGUAAAUUACGCCUGAUUCAGCUGGUCCAAUGGACCUUUGGGGGGGGGGGGGGCGGGGUUGUCUUUAUCUUAAAACGUUUGCAUCUUGUUUGGCAUAAACCGUAUGGAACGUGAAAUCUUCCUCUGAGCAUGAACUGUCUUUGUGAAAUGUUAAGAUGAAGCGGUAUCUUCCUGUGGAAUUAGCUAACUAUUAACCGCUCUGUGAAAGUUCGACGGCACAUUUAGCGAACAUCGCUAGCUAGCAUGCUAGCUGUGUAACAUAGAGCAUUGCACACAUGGCGGUCCGUACAUCUUAAAAUGAGCUUGUCUCUGUGUCCUCGCUUUGAACACCGAGGGGCGACCUCCAUACAAAUACCGCGUGCCGAGCUACUCACGAAGAAAAGGAGUUGGUGCGCGCCGUUGAUGCUUCAAAAUGCAAUGUGAAGUCAGUGAUGGUGAGUCUUCCUUUUGUACCAGCGGAUGGCAAAUAUUUUGGAUAUAUAUUUUGUAAUAAACACAAACAGACUUUGCAACGA